UCCUAUUUUUUUUUUUCUUCUUCUUCUUCUUCAUUCUGACACCUCGGAGACAAGAUCCGACUAUAAGCAGCCUAACACUGCUAAGGAGGAAUCGAAGCAGAUAAAAAUAAUAAACGAUCCGCCUUGAAAAGAGCCGCGGCGGAGAAGAUCUGCCCGUCUGGAUGAGAGAACCCCGCUGGGUGAAGACACGCCGCCGACGACAGGAGCCGAGGCACGGAUGGAAACCGAGCGCAGCGCAGAGGAGGCGGCAUCAUCAGGCAAAUUAUCGCCUCGCUGAUCAUCUCAAAGCGUUUCAUGCAUCAGUAACAGAUUAGCGGCUGGUGAUAUUUUCUGUCCGCCGGAGGCUGGGACGGCGGCAUCUGCAGUCGCCAAAUUCCAUUUUUCAUUCUGCAGAUGUCGGCUGCAGGAAGGAGAAGAAGAAGAAGAAAAUGAAGAAGAAGCGGCCUGUUUUUGUCGGGUGAAGCCUUCGGGGAUUAAUCACUGAUCGCCAUGAACGGCGAAUCAGUGUGGGUUAUCUUCAUCUGCUCGUGGAUAACUCGCGUGGGCAGCUUUCACGCCUUGCGGGUGAUGUUGUCACUUUGGAUGAAAUACGUUUAAAAACAAUAAUGUGAGAUGUGUAUUGAAACUCAUUGAGGAAGGAAUACCACAGCAGCAGAUGGGCUGGUGUUAGAUGAUGAUCAGUAUGGGACUGACCUGACUUUGUGUCAACACUCUGCUGGGUGCCAGCCGGAAGAUGUCAUCCUCCCAGGCACCUGGUUUGGGCUCCAAUUUCACUGAUGAUCCCCUGGAGUAUGGCUUCACACUGUCCAGUCGGGACCCCGUCUGGUCCUCCUUGGCUGACAGCGUGGUGAGGGUGGUGCUCAUAUCUGUGAUUGUGUGCCUCUCUUUGUUUGGGAAUGUGGUCGUUCUCCUGGUUUUCCAAAGGAAGCCUCAGCUCCUUCACGUCGCCAACCGCUUUGUCCUCAACCUCCUCCUGGCGGAUCUCCUCCAGACCGUCUUAGUCAUGCCGUUUGCCAUUGCGGCUGCCUUGCCAGGUGUGUGGCCGCUGGAUGCUCGGCUGUGCCAGGCUCUGGUGGUUCUCAUGCACCUUUUUGCAUUCACCGGAGUCAACACCAUCAUUGUUGUCUCAGUGGAUCGCUACCUGGCCAUCAUCCACCCUCUAUCUUAUCCGACCCGCAUGACCCCACACUUAGGCACCAAUCUGAUAAUUGCCACCUGGGUGCUGAGCGUCUUGCAGAGUACACCCCCUCUCUACGGCUGGGGCUCCAUAGAUUUUGACAGUCAUUACAAGGUCUGCACAGUGGUGUGGUCCUCCAGCUGGUCCUAUUCUGCUCUGGUGUUCACCUUCUCCUUUUGGCUUCCAGUGCUAAUCAUGCUCGGAUGCUACUGGAUGGUGUUUAGAGCUGCUAGGAGACAGAAUGCAUUAGUGCAUCCCAUUCAGACGCAAUCAUACUCCCAGCCUUGCCAGCAGGAAUUUCAGGGCCCCACCAGUCCGCAGCAGCUUUCUUUACCCCAGCAGGCAAGUUCACCUGAGGGCCCCUAUACAGCCCGAAAACACCCUGUUCGAGUUAAACACAGACGGUUCCACUACCACUGCAAGGCAGCUCGUGUAGUAUUUGUCAUCAUGGCUUCAUAUAUCUUCAGUAUGGGUCCCUACAUCAUUCUGAAUACCAUUUCGAUGAGCACCAGAGCCAAUGUGUCCCCAUGGUUGUCCUCCACUGCCCUUGUGCUAUUCUUCUUGCAGUGCUGCCUUCAUCCGUACAUUUAUGGCUACAUGCAUCGCAGCGUGAGAAAAGAGUUCCUGGCUUUGCUUUAUGGGAUGCUCUGCAAGCAGGGCCGUCCACGACACAGCUCCACGGUGGAGGGUUGCUUCACCGCGACGGAGGGACACCCCAAUGCUCACCCUCACCUCCCCAGUCUGGCUGCUCGAGUUUUCCCCAUGCAGACUUGGGAAGAGUGCACAACGUCCUCCUCUCCUACUUGUGAGAGGAAGUCAAGAGACAGCCGCAGAGAGACCACCUCUACCAGUUUCAGCUCAGAGAGAGAGCUUCCUGUUCACGGCCAGAAAAGCUCAUGAUCUGCACUGCAAUCAUCAGAAAGUAAAUCUUUAUUCCUAUGUGAGAAGUUCCUGUGGAUGGGAGGCGAUAAAUGUGGAUCUCGCCUACUGAGCUUAUAAUCAGUGGUACUGAACACAUUCUCAUUCACUUAUCAAUCGUUUGAUGGUUUGUCUUAAACGGAAAAGUGUGGGCUUUUUGAAAUUAGGUUUCCUUAAAUAAGAAGAUAAUAUUUUAACAGCAGUAGGUAACUCUCUAGAUUGCAGCAGACUCCUACUGUCUUUAAACAGCAAAACACAUUUAUGUAAACACAGUUUCAUGAACCUUUAAAUUGCUCUAGUGUUGGCAUUGGGUGGUUAUUUUCACAGAACUUGGUGCUUACAGUCUGUUUGAUUUGUAUAGGAAGCUCAGAUCUGGGUGAAGGCGUCACAUCCAAGAGUUUUCUUGUUGUGAUUCGGAAAACUCAACUGGAUUUGCUGUUUGUUGUUGUGGUAACCAACUAAAUACUGUAUUUUCUUCUAUUUUAUGUGUACAAAUUCUAAAGAAACAUUGUAACCAUUAAAUGAUAUGAAAUGUAUAGGAGACCUUAUACAUUUUAUGUUAUCGGUACAAGGACAUAACUGAUGGUGCACUCCUUCCUUCCUUCUUUCCUUUUUUCUUUCCUUCUUUCCUUCCUUCCUUCUUUCCUUUUUCCUUCCUUCCUUCCUUUCUUUCUUUCUUUCUUUCUUUCUUUCUUUCUUUCUUUCUUUCUUUCUUCCUUCCUUCCUUCCUUCCUUCCUUCCUUCAUUUUCUCUGUUUCUUGUGUAACUAAUCAACAGCUCAUGUGUUAAUAGCGUAGACAACAAUGGGUUAAAGGUUUAUAAAAUGGUGCUCCAAAAAACCUUCUUUCAGAUUUUGAGCCUGGAGUUUUUUUAAGAUGGUAGAAGACCAUAUCAGUGUCCCUCUUGGGGCAGCCAUUAUUUUUAAGCCAAUCUGGAUUUAUAUUAAAUAAAGUGAGUUAUCUACUGCAGUUAAGAUAUUAUCAGAACCUAACCUCAGAAAUCCCAAACUAUCCCUUUAUGCUUCUCCAAUGGAGUUUGUCAUACAAGGGGGAAAGUUUUGUCCAGUCAAGAGUAUCAAAACUGGCUGAGGGUUUUUUAAUAUGUAAAUGCAGUUAUAAAAGUUACAACAUAGAUUGUAUGUACAAGACUUGCUGUUGUCAUCAUGUUCUGUCUGUAAAACCAUCAUCAGAAGUAUCCAAUAUUGUAAUUACUGAUGUUUGAGUUUCAAAAUGGACCUUUAAAACAUUUUUUUAAUUUUAACUAAUCAAUCUAGACCUUUCCCUAAAAUGAAAUAUCAUCUUUUUUCUGACACAAACCAUUGAUAUCUUGAAUUAAUUGUUAGUUUAGCAAGACCUCUCCUCUAGUGUGUUUAAUGGGAAGCAUGCUGGAGGGCACAGCUUUAUUUCCAUCAUAUCAACUCAGGGUGCUGCUCGCAGACUAAGAAAAAUGAUGUGCCCAUAUCAAUUCAAUUUUUAGCUUGUAAAUAUUAAUUUUCUGCAACUCCUCUUAGUCUUGAAGCGCCUUUUUGGAGAAUAGAAAGAAUGAUUCACUGUGCCUGUAAGCGAAAGGACGUAGAAGGGUUAUAAUUCCCUUUAGUUAAUAAUAUGGACAAACAAACACACGCAUCAGUUUCUAGUUUGUUCUGGCAAAACCUGAAGCUUUUUACUUCUCGAGUGUGUCAGAUUUGGACUCAGUAUUUACUGCCUUUUUAACGAUCGCCUUUCUUUAGAGAGUCAGAGUAUUUUCUUCAACACCACACAACAUGGAGAGCAACGUGUGAUAAAAAUAUAACAGUGUACCAGUUUUUUUAAACAAGCAGCAUGCCAGGAGAGCUUAUGUAACAGAUUUCUUACAUUCCAUUAAACACAUGUAAAGGUGUAAGAUACCUCUUUGAGAAAAAUUAGAAAGAAUUUUGACUCUUCAAAACAUCUUUGUUUCAUUUAAACAUAAAUUAAAUUCCAGAAGACGACUGGCUUGAAUCUGCAAAUUUCAGUCAAUCUUGAAGGUGUCCAUUUUGGCGAACGUCCUUCUUUCUCCUCUCUCAGUAUAUGCAGAUGUGAUCAGAUGUGCCAGAGUUCCAGCAAUUUCCAUUUCAUGGCAGACUUUCCUUAAAAUCUUAACCAAUUUCUUUUCACAUAAAAGUGAAUGUUUGGUUCCAAGAGGUGGCAUAUCUUAACAAAUUGCACUUAGGUACAGUUAUUUGAAUCAAUAAUCUUAAAAUCUUUGGUUGUUUAGAGGAUCAAUCUUUCCUUUGGACUUUCCCAUUGAUCUGAGUAUUGAUCUGUUUGAUGAAGUUAUACAAUCAUUCCAUGGUGGACAGAUACUAAAGCAUAUUAUUUAAAACCUCUGAAUGUGUUCCUGGCCCUGCUGAGUGUAUGUAAAUGUCUGACUGCACCAACAGUGUUACAGAGAAAAGUAUAUUUAGGAAGCCGUAAGCUUGACUAGGGCUCAUUUUAACAGCAGGUUUUCCCUUUGUUUUGGUAUUUCUAUAACUAUUUGUUAAAGGAAAAAUUGUUUUUCCCCUAGUGUGUUAUUUUUCAUACUAUAUUGUAAUAGAUUUGUAUGUUUUUUUUUCUUUCUGUUACCUGCCUUUGUUAUAAACCUGUAUUUAUCCAGAAGGUCAGUAGAGAAAACAUAUUUGACAAUCAAACUUGUCAGAAUCUUUCAAUAGAAGUUUGCAUUGCAGCAAAUAAGAGAAAAUGUUUAGACUUUGAAAACUACAUAUUUUGUGCAUUUGUAUUAAUUUGGUUGGAAUAAUAAAUGCUGUUUGUUGUUUAAUAAUAAACUGUAUGUAAUGUAUAAGAAAAAUAAUGUCAUGUUACAUUGAGGUUUGUCCAAGAAAUAUUUAAAAUCAGGAUUUCUUUCUGUCUUCAGUUAGUCACACUUAGUUUUAAUUAAAUGGAUAAAUUAUACAAAUUAAUUUAUCACCAGUAUAUUACGAUAUACUCAUUUGAAUUACUGCAUCAACAGUUUGAAAUACAACAUCUUAAUCUGC